CUCACUCCCCAAAGAUCAAAAGGUGAAACCCUCGGUACUGAAUUUCCUUCUCGACCCUCGCAUCUCUUCCCUCUUCUGCCCCUGUAAUCGGCUUCGCCAUUCUCCAAUCUGCCCCGACCUCCGUUCCCCGCCAAUUUCCCUCCCUCCUUUCAAAAAUUUCUCUCUCUUGCCGAUCUGCCGAUCAAAUUCGCACCUUUUUGAGUCUUUGCUCCGGAGCUCACCUCCCAUGGCGGCCGAUCACGCGGGUUCGACCACUAUCUGAGCUAUCGGAGUGAAAUCCUCUACUGGGUACUUUUCUGUCGGUUGCUGAUGUUAUGAGACUUCUUAUCUGAUGGCUAACCAUGAAUCAUCUUGAGCGGCAUCAGGAUCUAGACCUCGGACCAGACCAGCAGCUGGUUCCGAGUCUUAAUCAUGAUGUGGGUCUUGACCAAGACCAGGACUUGGAAUCGGGACAGACAUACGAGCAUCAUUUGGAACAAAAUUUUGACCAUGAAUUAGAUUUAGGAAAGAACCAUGACCAGGAAAUGGGCGGUGAAGAAAAUUAUUUGAAUGAUGAGGAGCUGGCAAUGGAUCAAAAACCUAAUCCUGAAGAGCAAGCAUUGAUUCUCUCGGGGCAGAAUCAUGAGCUGGGGUUGAUAGAGAGUAAUGGGUUAGUUGUCUCUAAUCACGAAGAACUAGAUGGGGCUGUUGAACUCGCGGGGGAAGAUGGCCAAGAAAUGGGAAUAGAUAUAGGUUCCGAUCAGGAACAGCUCGUCCUCAGUCUUCCUCCUUUGGUCCUUCAAGCACGAGCUCUUGCUGUGGAACCAAAUUAUGAGCUGUCCGUGGGGCAGGAGUUCACUGAUGCUGAGAGCUGCCGCCGAGCCUUGAGAAAUACUGCAAUUGCCCUACACUUUGAGCUGCAGACUAUAAAAUCUGACCAGACCCGAUUUACUGCUAGAUGUGCAAGCGAGGGAUGCCCAUGGCGGAUCCAUGCUGCAAAGCUCCCUGGUGUACCGACCUUCAUGAUCAGGACAAUUGGCGGAGACCAUACAUGUAGAGGGAUCUCUCACCUGGGCCACCACCAGGCCUCGGUCCAGUGGGUUGCCAGCACUGUGGAGCAGCGCCUUAGGGAGAAUCCAAAUUGCAAGCCCAAGGAGAUCCUCGAGGAGAUUCACCGUGCCCAUGGCAUUACCCUGUCGUACAAGCAGGCCUGGCGUGGGAAGGAGCGUAUAAUGGCUUCCUUGCUCGGGUCCUUCGAGGAAGGGUAUCGCCUUCUUCCCGAGUACUGCAGCCAGAUCAAGAGGACAAAUCCUGGGAGCAUUGCAUCAGUUUAUGGAAGUCCCGAGGAUAAUUCUUUCCAGCAGCUGUUCAUAUCUUAUCAGGCUUCAAUCUACGGUUUUCUCAAUGCUUGCCGCCCGCUCAUAGGCCUUGAUCGGACGUAUCUCAAGAGCAAAUAUCUCGGCACAUUGCUUGUAGCUACUGGAUUUGAUGGGGACGAUGCCCUGUUUCCUCUGGCUUUUGGGGUGGUAGACGAGGAGAACGAUGACAACUGGAUGUGGUUCCUCUCUGAACUUCAUGGUUUGCUCGAGACCAAUGCCGAGAAUAUGCCGAGGCUCACAAUUUUGUCUGACAGACGGAAAGGGAUUAUUGAAGGGGUGGAGGUGAACUUCCCGACUGCUUUUCAUGGAUUCUGCUUGCGCCAUCUCAGCGAGAGCUUUAGGAAGGAGUUCAAUAACACAGUGCUUGUCAACCUCCUGUGGGAGGCUGCCUGCGCCCUCACUGUUAUAGAGUUCGAAAGCAAGAUCCUUGAGAUUGAGGAGAUCUCUCGGGAGGGAGGGUACUGGAUCAGGAGGAUCCCUCCCCGAUUAUGGGCAACGGCCUACUUUGAGGGUACGAGGUUUGGACACCUGACUGCAAAUGCCGAUGAGUGCUUCAACUCAUGGGUUUCGGAAGCAUCUGGUCUCCCGAUUGUUCAAAUGAUGGAGUCAAUCAGGAGGCAGCUGAUGACCUGGUUCAAUGAGCGGCGAGAGAUGAGCAUGCAAUGGACGUCCAUACUUGUGCCCUCUGCCGAGAGGCGGGUUGGGGAGGCCAUCGACCGGGCGCAGACAUUUAAUGUCCUCCGUGCCAAUGAGGCGGAGUUUGAGGUCCUCUCCCACGAGGCGACCCACAUAGUGGACAUUCGGAACCGAUGUUGCCUCUGCAGAGGGUGGCAGCUCUACGGGCUGCCCUGUGCACACGCUGUGGCAGCUCUGCUCUCAUGCAGGCAGAAUGUUCACCGGUUCACAGAGAGCUGCUUCACUGUGGCAGCAUACCGUAAGGCCUACUCGCAGACUAUACACCCUAUACCCGAUAAGUCUCUGUGGAAGGAGGUGUCUAAUGGAGACCCAAGUUCAGAGGAAGCACAGCAGAUGGCCAUCAACCCUCCCAAGUCGCUGCGUCCCCCCGGGAGGCCACGGAAGAAGCGGGUCCGGGCUGAGGACCAAGGCCGGGCAAAGCGGGUCGUGCACUGUAGCCGGUGUAAUCAGACGGGCCAUUUUAGAACAACUUGUGCUGCUCCCAUCUAGCAAUGGACUAGGCUGGAAUAAUAUGGCCCUUCUGUGAAAUAGGAAAGUGAACAUCCUUGCUUUUACAGAAGGAACGCAACACUCAUCAAUAAUUUAUUAGGCUUUUUUUUAAUAUAUAUAAUCUUAUUUCGUAAUGGUUGAAUUAAUUUUUUAUAUAAUCUUUUUUCGCUUAGGAACUUUGCUAAGCUUGAUAGGCGAUAUAUAUUAAACGCUGGAUCUAAACAUAUUGACAACUGUA